AGACACUAGAUCCGCGAGCGUAGGGUGGAUACUAUACACCGGAUGGGCAACACAGUCGCCGACGUGAGUCCGCCGCCGCAGAUGGCCAGUACGUAUCCCUCAGGUUCUCGCUCGCCAUAUCCUUGGUUUGUCCUUUUCGGCCAUCUGGGGCGAGGGCGUUGUCUUCACCUGGUUGCUUGACCUCACCGGCAUGUCCUCCCUCGUCUGGGGCACCAUCGGCGUCAUCUCCAUCCGCUUCCGGCGCGCGUGGACCGCACAGGGCCGCGCGCUCGCAGACCUACCCUGCCAGCAGCCGCUGUACCCCAUCCUCCCGAUCGAGACCGUCAUCCUCGCGGUGCUCAUGUUCGCCGCGCAGGGGUACUCGGCCGUCGUCGCGGAGCCAUUCAGCCCGCAGAACGUCGUCGCGACGUACAUCGGGCUCGCGAUCUACAUCCUCUGCUACGUCGGGUAUUGGGUGUACGACCGUUUCUGGCCCGCCGGGAAUAGGGUGCACAGGGUGCACCUCGUGCCGCUGAUGGAAAUGGAUUUGGAUACGGACGCGGUCUGGGGGCAGGGCGGGGGUGCGCGGAUGCGCGAGAAGGAGGCGGCGGAGCGCACGCAGCGGGAUGAGGAUGACGUCGCGGAGGGGAAGCGCACGAAGGUGCAGCUGAGGCGCAUCGGGCGGCAUAUGCUCUGAGCGCCGCGCGUUGGCCCGGGAUGGCGCCUUCAUGCUCCUCCUCCGAGGCGGUAGUUGAGCAGUCGGACGUCUUCUCUCCGGGAUUUCUUGGUUCAGAUGCUUAUAUUUCUUGGGGCAGUGAUAAAUGCGAUGCGAUGUUGGGGCGAGAAUUAAAGGUAAACUAUGUAUCGGGCGCUGCUGAGCCCGGUCAAAACCCAUUGUAGCGUAUUGUACACUAGAUCCUGUAGCGACGCUUCGACGCGCGCCCACGAUGCGCCGUGAUACCCAUUAUUACGAUCCGUUUAUGCUUAAGCUCGUAUGUAAGUUGUCCGAGGUCACAGACUCAUCUAGUGAUUGCAUGCAUAUUCAAGCCGCGGUACCGCU